UAUAUCUGUAGAAAUGCAAAAUAAAAUUAAAAACGAUUCGACAAUUACACUGAAUAGCCAACAUAUAUAGAAAAACAAUAUUAAUUGUGGAAUUGUGGCCAACAAUAGAAAUUGCGUUUUAACACUUAUCGAUAUUUUGUUGGUCUUGUCAAUUGUUUCAUAAUUUCACCAUCCCUCGUCAGCAUUUUCGCAUAUUGUGAAAUCUGAAGUAAAUAAUUAAUAUUUGCAGAACAAGACCAAUAGCAAUCUAGAAGGCAUGUCUGGCGGCCCGGCAAUAACCCUGAAAAGCCAACCAAUUGAUGGAAGCAAUAGCAAUAGUGGAAAUGCCGCUGGUCAACAGCAACAAUCUGCGAACGGAGCAGCGUCCGCAUCCGCGUCCGCGUCGUCUUCUGCUUCGCAAGGUGCAGCUGCCAGUGCACCACCAGCUCAGGAGGGAACUCGUCAGAAUAGCUUGCAGCGUAUUCAGCAGCGAAAGCAAAAGGUAUUCAAUCUGCCAGAGGCACAGAAAUUGGCCAAGCUGUCCAUGUAUUCUGCCUGCCAAGCCGAAGGCUGUCGUUGCACUGGAUGGAAGACACCACAGGAGAACAGGCAUCGCGAUGUGGAAUCAUCCUACUGUCCGGAAUUCAGUGAGGAGUGCCGCAACGUUAGUUGUCGCCAUCCAUUGAGGACUCACAUUGCUCAUCUUACGGAAAUCUCGCGAUCGAGCAUGGAUGAUCUUCUAGGCGCCAUCAUUGACAUGGAGAACCUAUUUAUGUCCAUGCAGCGUGUAGAGGACGAGGAUACCAAAAAGGUGUAUCUGUAUCUGUUUAGGCUGCUUCGUCAAUGUGUCCUGACACGCCAGCAGGCUGUUAUACGUGGUCCUCUGGGAGAUCCACCAUUCGAGUCGCCGUGUAUAACAAAGGCAGUGUUAUCCUUGGUCUUCUACAAGUAUAACCAUUUGAAUCCCACUGAGCUGCAGACCAUGACUGAGGUGGCCAAGACAUUUUUGAAUUUCUUAAAUCAUUAUAAUUUCGAGUCGCCUUCCGCCCGUCGUGGCGAUUUGACCUUAACCCAUGAGGAUGCAUCGACCUAUAAAAUCAAUUAUACACGCUGGCUGGUAUUUUGUCAUGUGCCCGCUUUUUGCAACUCUCUGCGUCAGUUUGAGACCUCAUUGGUAUUUGGACGCACACUGCUGCGCACCGUCUUUCAAUACAUGUCCCAGCAGUUGAAAAAGAAAUGCAUCUCCGAACGCGAUCGUUUUCCAGAGGACAAACGCUCGAUCAUCACUCAAAUGCCCAAAUUUCUGGAGGCAUUGCGGGCCGAGUUGCUGAAAGAUGAUUCGCCCAUCUGGGAUUCAAGCUACAGGCCACCAAAUUCAUUUGUCAUCCAACAGAGGAAGCGACAUCAGGAAGUGGCGCCGACAGCAGGCAUUUCGAAUGCUGCUGCUGCUUCCUCCGCCGGCACCAAUAAACGUUCAUCCGUUGGAGAACCACUUCAUAAGAGGCCAAAAAAGGAAGUACCGGAACGUUGUAGCAGUGAGAAUCUGGAUGAUCUACCUGUUGAUGUUGUAACGCGUGCCAUGAAAGCGGUUUCGGAAUCAAAGACAACCAAUAAAGCUGAGAUUCUAUUUCCUGUUAAUGUUUCACGUGAUGAGAAUGUCAAGGCCGAGGAGCAGAAGCGCGCCAUUGAGUUUCAUGUUGUGGGCAACUCGCUGACAAAACCCGUGGAUAAGCAGACAAUCCUUUGGCUCCUCGGACUGCAGCUUGUCUUCGCGCAUCAGCUGCCCGAGAUGCCGCGCGAAUACAUAAGCCAGCUGGUGUUUGAUACCAAACAUAAGACAUUGGCUCUGAUCAAGGAAAACCAGCCAAUUGGCGGAAUAUGCUUUCGCCCGUUUCCAUCGCAAGGAUUCACGGAAAUUGUGUUCUGCGCCGUCACAAUGGCGGAGCAAGUCAAGGGAUAUGGCACUCAUUUAAUGAAUCACUUAAAGGAUUAUAGCAUACAGCGUGGCAUUAAACACUUGCUCACUUUUGCCGAUUGCGAUGCCAUUGGAUAUUUCAAAAAGCAAGGCUUUUCAAAAGACAUUAAACUAGCUCGUCCCGUUUAUGCUGGUUAUAUCAAGGAGUAUGACAGUGCCACACUUAUGCACUGUGAACUCCAUCCAAGUAUUGUGAAUACACAAUUUAUUGCUGUAAUUCGCAAUCAAAGUGAGAUCCUUAAGGAACUCAUCGCUCAACGACAUAACGAGGUUCAAAAAGUUCGUACUGGCUUAACAUGUUUCAAGGAAGGAUUGCCAUCGAUACCCGUUGAAUCUAUACCCGGCCUACGGGAAAUCGGAUGGAAGCCACAAAUGCGUCCAGUGCGAGCUUCCCGUCCUCUGGAAGAAUCGUCAGAUCCAGAAAAGCUGGCCACCUCAUUUGGAUCUGUAUUGCAAUCUGUGCGUCAACAUGCCACAGCUUGGCCAUUUUUACGCCCAGUCACUGCAGCAGAAGUUCCAGACUAUUACGAUCAUAUCAAGUAUCCAAUGGAUCUUAAGACAAUGGGCGAGCGUUUAAAGAAAGGCUACUAUCAGACACGUCGCUUAUUUAUGGCCGAUAUGGCGCGUAUUUUCUCAAAUUGUCGCUUCUACAAUUCCCCCGAAACUGAGUAUUACCGAUGUGCCAACUCCCUCGAGCGUUAUUUCCAAACUAAAAUGCGUGAACUGGGACUGUGGGACAAAUGAUGUGAUGAUGAUAUUUCUCAUUUACCUAGCUUGAACUGAAUAUAUCUUAAUAUCUUACUAUGUA